UGCUCUCUGCGCGCUGCAUCCGGCGCCCCUCCAGCCCGCACCAUGGGCUGUCUGUUUGGGCGCGCCGCGCUGCGGGCGUUGUUGUGCGGGCCACGCUUUCCAGGCCUGCUGGUGCGCCCCAGUUCCGGAGGGCCCUCCCGGCCUCAGGAGCGGACCCUGGUUGCUGUGAAGCCAGAUGGGGUACAACGGCGGCUAGUGGGGGCUGUGAUACAACGCUUUGAGAGGCGGGGCUUCAAGCUUGUGGGGAUGAAGAUGUUGCAGGCACCAGAGAACAUCCUUGCUGAGCAUUACCGGGACCUACAGAGGAAGCCGUUCUACCCAGCCCUCAUCACCUACAUGAGCUCUGGGCCUGUGGUGGCCAUGGUCUGGGAAGGGCACAAUGUGGUCCACAUCUCAAGGGCCAUGAUAGGACAUACUGACUCCACAGAGGCAGCCCCUGGGACAAUCAGGGGAGAUUUCAGCGUCCACAUCAGCAGGAACGUCAUCCAUGCUAGCGACUCUGUGGAGGGGGCCCAGAGGGAGAUCCAGCUGUGGUUUGAGAGCAGUGAACUGUUGAACUGGGCAGACGGUGGUCACCAUGGCAGCUGCUACCCAGCCUGAGGGUUUGAACUGCCCCUUGUCCUUC